GAACGCGCAAAAUUUGAAAGUUUACCGGAAAUAAUGUUUGACCGAGAGGAGAACAGUUGUGCUGCUUUGCUCAUCAAUGUAUCCCUGUAAAUUAACAAAAGAGUUGUAACUACCUGCAUGGCAGCCUGGUUAUCUGUUGUUAAGCAGCCAUGUUGAAGUUUAAAUACGUGAGUCAGGGAAGCCUGAAAAUGCUGCCAAGCUCCUCGGACCCCAUCACCAGCCGCAGCUCACGACUUAAUCAGGUGUUUCAGGGUCGAGUCAGCCUGUGUGGGCAGCAGGGAGGAUGUAAUCUGGGUCGGGAAGACUUACUGGAGGCUCUGCUACUACUGUACCAAGAGUGCAGCUCUCCAGAGCUCAUGAAGAUACACCAUGUGGCCAACUUUGUCAACAAGUUUUCUGAAGUGGUCUCAGAGCUACGGGCUUUGCAGCCUGGGCUUCAUGACUUUGAAGUACGUGCAGUGGUGGGUCGUGGUCACUUUGCUGAAGUCCAAGUGGUCCGGGAGAAGGCCACUGGGGAUGUUUGUGCACUGAAGGUCAUGAACAAGACAGUUUUACGGACCCAAGAAAAUGUGGUUUUUCAUGAAGAGGAGCGGAGGAUUCUGGCUCUGAACAGCAGUCCCUGGAUCCCACAGCUUCUCCACGCUUUCCAGGAUAAAGAUCAUGUCUACCUGGCGAUGGAGUACUUGCCAGGUGGAGACCUGAUGUCCCUGCUAAACCGAUAUGAGGAUCAGUUUGACGAGUCCAUGGCUCAGUUCUAUUUGUCUGAACUGGUAGAGGCCAUUCAUGCUGUCCACCAGCUAGGCUACAUCCACAGAGAUGUCAAACCAGAGAACGUUCUCAUCGAUCGGACCGGUCACAUUAAGCUGGCAGACUUUGGAUCAGCUGCCAGGCUGACUGCUAACAAAACAGUGGCAGCUCCCACAGUGCCUGUUGGGACCCAGGACUUCCUCUCCCCUGAGGUCCUGGCAGCCAUGAAUGGGGGCUUUCACAGCACAUAUGGGGUAGAGUGUGACUGGUGGUCCCUUGGGGUCAUAGCCUAUGAGAUGAUCUAUGCCAGGUCUCCUUUUUCUGAUGGCACUUCUACAAGGACCAUUCACAACAUCCUCAAUUUCCAGCAUUUUCUAAAGUUUCCUCAGGAGCCGCGGGCCAGUAAGCAGUUUGUAGACCUGGUGCAGAACUUGCUAUGUGGAGCCAAAGAGCGACUGGGGUUCCAGGGACUACGCUGUCACUCUUUUUUCGCCAGUGUAGACUGGAACAACUUAAGACAAGUUCUCCCGCCUUUCGUUCCUGCGUUGCACGCUGAAGAUGACACCUCUAAUUUUGAGGAGCCGGAGCAGGCAGCCCCCCGGCCAGCCUCAGCAGCCCAGCGAGGAGCUCUGCCAGCGGGCUUCCAGGGCCAGGAUCUGCCCUUUCUAGGCUGGUUCUUCAGCAGAGCGUUAACAACAUUGGCCAAAACGGAGUCAGUGUCAGCAGGCCUCAACUCUCCUGCUAAGACCAACUCCAUGGAAAAGAAAUUGCACCUUAAAAGCAAAGAACUACAAGAAACUCAAGACAAAUGUCACAAGAUGGAGCAGGAGAUCUCCAGGUUCCAGCGUAAAAUGACUGACCUGGAGUCAGUGCUCCACCAGAAGGAUGUGGAGCUUAAAGCCUCCGAGACUCAAAGGAGCAUCCUGGAGCAAGACCUCGCCACUUACAUUACUGAGUGCAGUAGCCUAAAGCGAAGCUUGGAGGAGGCACGUGUGGAGGUCUCUAGAGAGGAUGACAAGGCCAUGCAGCUGCUGCAUGACAUCCGUGAACAGAGCAACAAGCUGCAGGAAAUUAAAGAGCAAGAAUACCAUGCCCAGCUGGAAGAAAUGCAGGUAACCAUCAGGCAGCUGGAGGAGGACCUGUCAGCUGCCCGACGCCGCAGUGACCUCUACGAAUCUGAACUUAGAGACUCCAGACAAACAAGUGAGGAUCUCAAAAGGAAAGCUGUGGAGUACCAGCAGAGAAUCCAGAAGGCCAAAGAGCAGGGCAAAGCAGAGGUGGAGGAGCUUCUCUCCAAACUUGAGAAGACUAAUUCUGAGCAGCAGGUGAAAAUCCAAGAGCUCCAGGACAAACUGUCCAAGGCAGUGAAAGCGAGCACAGAAGCCACUGAGCUGCUGCAGAAUGUCCGGCAGGCCAAAGAGCGACUGGAGCGAGAUCUGGAGCGCCUGCGAGGCAAAACCGACUCUAGUGAUACACUCAAACGGCGACUGAGAGAGACAGAGCAGGAGGGCAGGAAGACACUGGAGAACCAGGUAAAGAGGCUGGAGAUGGUUGAGCGGCGGGAGAAUAAGCUGAAAGAUGACAUUCAGACCAAAUCCCAGCAGAUCCAGCAGAUGGCUGAAAAGAUCCUGGAAUUGGAGGACAAUCUGAGGGAUGCCCAGUCGACAGCUCAGAGGAUGGAAACCCAACUGGUUCAAAAGGAGAGGCUUUAUGAGGACAAGAUCAAGGUUCUGGAGGCCCAGAUGAAGGUAGACCUGGCUGACAAGGAGAGCCUCGAGGCUAGAAGAGCUCAGCAGGAGGAGGAGUCGAGAGAAAACUGCAAACUUAUCAGUGAACAGAAAGCGACCAUUAAUGCCAUGGAUUCCAAGAUGAAGAACCUGGAGCAACGCAUCGCUGAGCUAUCAGAGGCUAACAAGCUGGCCACUAAUAGCAGCAUCUACACCCAGAAGAAUAUGAAAGCCCAGGAGGAGAUGAUCUCAGAGCUUCGACAGCAAAAGUUCUAUUUGGAGUCGCAGGCAGGCAAGCUAGAGGCCCAAAAUGCCAAACUGGAGGAGCACCUGGAGAAGAUGAGUCAGCAGGAGCAGACCAAGAGGACUCGUCUACUGGAGCUGGAGAGCAGGCUACGGGAGAUGGGCCUAGAACAUGAAGAAGAGAAGCUGGAGAUCAAGAGACAGGUGUCGGAAUUGACCCUCUCCCUUCAGGAGCGCGAAUCCCAGAUUAGCAGCCUGCAGGCUGCGCGUCUCGCCCUGGAGAGCCAGCUGCAGCAAGCUAAGACUGAGCUGGAGGAGACCACUGCUGAGGCUGAGGAGGAGAUCACCGCCCUCAGGAAUCACAGAGACGAAAUUCAACGCAAGUUUGAUGCCCUAAGAGACAGCUGCUCAGUGAUCACUGACCUGGAGGAGCAACUUACUCAGCUGAGUCAGGAGAAUGCUGAGUUGAACCGUCAGAACUUCUACCUGUCCAAACAACUUGAUGAAGCAUCAGAUGAGAGGGAGGACCAGCUGCAGCUCAGCCAGGAGGUGGACCGGCUGAGAAGGGAGGUAGCAGACCGCGAGAUGCACCUAAACAACCAGAAACAGAACAUUGAGACACUGAAGACCACAUGCAGCAUGCUGGAGGAGCAGGUGGUGGAGCUGGAGUCCCUAAAUGAUGAGUUGCUGGAGAAAGAAAGGCAGUGGGAGGCUUGGAGAGGUGCCCUGGAGGAUGAAAAAAGCCAAGCCGAGAGACGCACCAGGGACCUGCAGAGACUUCUGGACAAUGAGAAGCAAAACAGGCUGCGUGCGGACCAGCGUAGCAGUGAGUCUCGCCAGGCAGUAGAACUGGCGGUCAAAGAGCACAAGGCUGAGAUUCUGGCUUUGCAGCAGGCCUUGAAGGAGCAGAGACUGAAGGCUGAAAGUCUGUCUGAUACUCUCAAUGAUCUGGAGAAAAAGCACGCCAUGCUGGAGAUGAACGCCCGCAGCUUGCAGCAGAAACUGGAGACUGAGAGAGAGCUGAAACAGAGGCUGAUGGAGGAGCAAGGGAAGCUGCAGCAGCAGAUGGACCUCCAGAAGAGCCACAUUUUCCGUCUUACUCAGGGCCUCCAGGAUGCCCUCGACCAAACUGACAUGCUCAAGACUGAGAGGACCGAUCUGGAGUACCAGCUGGAGAAUAUACAGGCUGUAUACUCCCAUGAGAAGGUGAAGAUGGAGGGGACUAUCUCCCAACAGACCAAACUCAUUGACUUCCUCCAGGCCAAAAUGGACCAGCCCACUAAGAAAAAGAAGGUCUGUAAGCCAACUGGUAUAUUUGGGCGGCGUCGGGAGGAUGUAGGCACCACGACUAAUGGGGCGCUGGUUCCCCAGGCCCAGCCAGCAGUUCCCAUGCAGUACAGUGACAUGAAACUUGCUUUGGAGAAGGAGCGUUCAAGGUGUGCCGAGCUGGAAGAGGCUCUUCAGAAGAUGAGGAUAGAGCUGCGAUCCCUCAGAGAGGAGGCAGCUCAUUUCAAAGCCCAGGAUCAUGUGGCUCCUUCUACACCGGCUCAGGCCCGCCAUCAAAUCCUAAUGUCAGCCAUCGUCAAAUCCCCAGAGCAUCAACCCAACCCCAGCAGCCUGCUUAACCCCUCAACUCGCUGCAAGGAGACACCUGAAGAGUUUGGUCGUCGUGUGAAGGAGAGAAUGCACCACAACAUCCCUCAUCGUUUCACUGUGGGCCUCAACAUGAGGGCUGCCAAGUGUGCCGUCUGCCUGGACACUGUGCAUUUUGGACGACAGGCUGCCACUUGUCUAGAGUGCCACACCCUGUGUCAUCCCAAAUGCUCACCAUGUCUUCCGGCCACCUGCGGCCUGCCAGCUGAGUAUGCCACUCACUUUUCAGAGGCUCUGUGCCGAGAGAAGGCAAACUCUCCUGCACUGCAGGUCAAAGAGGCCAGUGGGCAUGUUCGCUUGGAGGGAUGGAUGAAGCAGCCUAGAAAUGGUAAGCGUGGUCAGCAGGGCUGGGAGAGGAAGUAUGUUGUGUUAGAUGGAACCAAAGUAUCCAUCUAUGAUACUGAGCCCAGAGAAGACUGUAUUAGGGCUGAGGAGGAGUUUGAGCUCUGUCUGCCUGAUGGAGAGGUGACUGUUCAUGGAGCUGUUGGAGCCUCUGAGCUCAUCAACACUGCAAAGUCAGACAUCCCAUAUGUGCUGAAGCUGGAGUCACAUCCCCACACUACCUGUUGGCCAGGCCAGUCCCUCUACUUCAUGGCUCCCAGCUUCCCUGACAAGCAGCGCUGGGUGGCUGUACUGGAGUCUGUGGUGGCUGGUAGCCGUGGAUCUAAAGACAAAGUGGAUGCUGAUGCUAAACUUCUGGGAAACUCUCUGCUGAAGUUGGAGGGUGAUGACCGUUUGGACAUCAACUGCACUCUGCCUCUCACUGACCAGAUCGUGCUGGUCGGCUCUGAGGAGGGUUUAUAUGCUCUAAAUGUCAUAAAGAACUCUUUGACCCACAUCCCUGGCCUGACCUCAGUCUUCCAGAUCCAGAUCCUGAAGGAGCUUGAUAAGCUGCUGAUGAUCACUGGAGAGGAGAGGGCCUUGUGUUUGGUGGAGAUCAAGAAGGUGAAACAGUCAUUGUCGCAGUCCCAUCUCCCAGCUCAACCUGACCUCACCCCCUUCAUCUUUGAGACAGUCAAGGGAUGCCACCUCUUCUCCUCUGGAAAGAUUGAUAAUGGGACCUGUAUCUGUGCUGCUAUGCCCAACAAGAUUACAAUUCUGCGACUUAAUGAAAGCCUCAACAAGUUCUGCAUCAGAAAGGAGAUUGAGACAUCAGAGCCCUGCAGCUGUAUUCACUUCACCGGCUACAGUAUCAUUAUUGGCACCAAUAAGUUCUAUGAGAUUGAGAUGAAGCAGUAUGUGCUGGAAGAGUUCCUGGAUAAAAACGACGUGACGCUAGCUUCAGCUGUGUUUGCUGCGUCCUCCCACAGCUUCCCCAUCUCCAUUAUCCAGGUUACCACGGCUCCACAGAAGGACGAAUACCUGCUCUGUUUCCAUGAGUUCGGUGUCUUUGUGGACGCAUACGGCCGCAGGAGUAGAACUGAUGAUAUCAAAUGGAGCCGUCUGCCUCUCUCAUUUGCCUACAGAGAGCCCUACCUGUUUGUGACCUACUUCAACUCUCUGGAUGUUAUUGAGAUUCAGGGACACGCUGCUCUGGGACCCCACUCAUACGCACACCUGGAUAUCCCAAACCCACGCUACCUUGGCCCAGCCAUCUCCUCUGGGGCCAUCUACUUGGCCUCGUCAUACCAGAACAAACUGCGGGUCAUUUGCUGCAAGGGCAACCUGAUCCAGAGCCAAGAGGGCGGCGGAGACCUGCAGCGUAACGGCUCUGGACGCAGUCCUAACAAGCGUGGGCCUCCUUCCUACAAUGAGCACAUCUCUAAAAGGUUGGCAGCCAACCCUCAUGCCCACGGAGAUCCCGGCACACCUCACCGCUACCGAGAGGCACGCACAGAGUUUCGGCGUGACAAGUCCCCCAGCCGUCCGCUGGAGAGGGAGAAGUCUCCAGGCAGGAUGCUAGAGAGUCGGAUCGGGGGGUCUCCUGGCAGGGCCAUGGCUGACCCCCGGUUAGAGCGCUCCCCGGGCAGGGCCAUGGCAGACCCUCGCAUGGACCGCUCCCCUGGCCGGAUGAUGGACGUACGUAGGGAGAGGUCCCCCGGACGUUUUGAAGAGCGCCAAAGGCUUCAUACUGGCUCUGGACGCACACCCAUAAACCCUGUUAACAAGGUAUGGGACCAAUCAUCUGUUUGAGAGACAGCAGAGCCACAUACCUGGCAUGAACAGAGAAAUAUAUCUUUGGAAAGGGAAAUGAGGGAGCAAGAGAACCAGUGAGAAUGUCACCAACUCAUGAUGAAACACUGCCACACAUCUGUUUUGCCUGACAUCUAAGCAGACAAACCCACAGAGGAAAACAACUGUAGCCGCCAGAGGAGAGAGAGAACGAGAGAAAUAAAUAGAUGUCAUUAGAAUCAGGUUAUUUUUCUCCAUGAACUGACCCGAGUCAAUAAAGGUCAACAAAAUGCCAUAUUAACAACUUUUUGAGCAGGGUUUUUUGCAAUGUAUUUGAGUAGCUGUUCUGUAUUUGAUUCCCAAAAAAAUAGGAUACAAGUUCUAAACUUCAGACCUGACUCGGUGGGUUCUGCUAGCUUCAGUUUAUUCCAGACAGUAGUGAUUACGAUAGAUAAGCACAGCCGUAGCAACUUUAUCUCACAAGUCAAUGCCUAAAUAUUUACAAAAUCAGUCACUAGUGAAAAUGGCAGUUCACUCAAAGUAGUUAUCCUAUAAAUACUGGCUCCUUUCCACGCUCUGCUCUGUCCACAGUAGCUCCAGAACAGGGCAGGAGUACUGUACAUCUCAUAGCAUUUCUGGCUCCAGCCCUGCGCUGACAUGUCAGCACACAAUCAUUAUCAGCUAAUUACAAUCAUUCUGCUAAUCUCAGUCUUCUGUUGAGACUUUGUAACAGUGACAGGCUGGAGCACAAACACAUUCAAAAUUUAAAUAAAUAAUGCCUCCUUGCCCUGUAAAACCACAAACCAGAUGAUUGUCCAUCCUUGGAUAGGUUGACACUAAAACUGCACUACCCACAAUCCCCAGCAGCAAUGGAGCAGGACCUUUCUAAUCCUUCAGAACGCUAUUUGACUGUAAAUAGACAAGACAUAAUUUUAUAUAUAUUGAGAAGGAAUUUCAAGGCUGGAUAAGCCAUGUCUAUUUUUGUUAAAGAAAAAAAAGUGAUUAGCUACUUGUCCUCUUGAAUGUCCAAUAAGUAUUCUUUUAAUAUGUCCAAAUGUCCUCUAUCAAGUGAGUGAUUGUAUCUGGAUCCAACUUGUGUAUGCACUUCCAUCUGUCAAAGGCAAACCUCAGUCCUGAAUUAUAUGAGAGGAGGGGGAAAAAAAAGAUCAUGUUUGAAGCUUACAACAUAGUACUUGAGCAUUUCUUUUUGUACAAUGUCCCUUAUAUUGUAUAUAACCCAAACUGUUCAAGGUGAAGAUGAAAAUAAUCUUUGUCUUUUUUUUUUCCUGAUUCGUAAAUGGCAUGGAUAUGUAUAUCUGAAAUGAAACGGAGUGUUGUCUUCUGCUUCUGCCUCAUUUGGGUUAUAUUUUUAUUCCAUAAUUUAACAAUGAAGCACGUAAAUAACAUCUCCUUCCUUUUUAAUUAUUCAUAUUUGCACAGUAAAUUCACAUGAUUAUGAUGACUAAAUCUCUACUUUUUAUUCUUUUAGAAAGCCACUCUUGGCAAUUUAAACAUUCAGUCCAACACUGAAAUACAUCCAAAUGUAUUUUUGGCUCUUAUUGUCAAGGUGUUUACACUUGGACAAAUCUUAUUUUACUUCUGUAUAUCAUAAUUUGAUCUCUGGAAAAGGGAAUAUUAUUGUGUUUUUUAGUUAUGUUUAGAAUAUGCACAGAUUAGAUGCUGUACUUUAACUUGCCCAGUGUGUCAGUUAACUAUAGGGCGCUCAAUAGGAAGAUAUUUCUUUAACUUUCUGAAGCUAUGAUUGGUUCGUUUUAGACAUAAAAUCUUCCUGAAUGUAUUUAAGCCAAGAUGAUAGAACUGAUUCAUUGGUCACAAACGUUCAACAAAGCACCCCAAUGCUACAGAUUGCACAAGUUUUCUACUGCUCUCUAUAGAACUCGAUACAAAAAAGGGUUAGCCAUCCUGUUUUGUUUUAUUUUUAUAUUCUUUUUAAUUUGUAUUUCUUUUCACAUGAUCUUGAAUCAUAAUGCUGUAACGCUGGAUAUGAUAUUGAUGUCUGCUAACAAAUGUUUUAUUAGCGUUCCCUGUAGAGAUUUUGUCACAGAAUAUUAAAUAUUAUAACCAUUGUCUUUCA